AAAAAUACUCAUCUAUUGUUAAAAAGUGUGUGUGUAUAUAUAAUACUGAUGAAUAGCAAAUUAUUACGUACAUGAAGAAAUUGUUAUAAUGGAGGGAGAAUUAGAGAGUACUAAAAUGCCAUUGUUGGAGGGAUGGAAGCUUACAGGAAGUGGACUCCGGCAUGAUUUUUUGUUAAGGCUUCCAGAUAAGGUGAUCAAGUCUUGUGUUAUUGAUUCAGAAGCUUCAUCCAUCAUUAAUUAUAAUAUCUCUGGAUUAACCAAAGGAGAAAAGGAAUACUAUGAAAGACAGUUUGAGACAUUGAAGUCAUUCGAGGAAGUUGAUAUUGCAGUCACGUCUGAUGAAAUUGAUGAAGAUGAUCUUGAAGAAGAAGCUCAACAUGAGAGAGCAAUGACAGUAUCCAAUGGUGCAAAUAUUAUACUUCUGGCUCUUAAGAUCUAUGCCACAGUGAAGAGUGGCUCCUUAGCUAUCGCUGCAUCUACGUUGGAUUCAUUGCUUGACCUCAUGGCUGGUGGCAUACUAUGGUUCACUCAUCUGUCGAUGAAAAAUAUUAAUGUCUAUAAAUAUCCUAUAGGAAAAUUGAGAGUGCAGCCUGUUGGAAUUAUUGUGUUUGCUGCUAUUAUGGCUACACUUGGCUUUCAGGUGUUGAUCCAGGCUGUGGAACAACUAGUUGAAAAUAAGCCUCCUGAAAAGAUGGCUUUGAAUCAGCUUGCAUGGUUAUAUUCAGUAAUGUUAACUGCCACAGUGGUAAAACUUGCCCUGUGGCUUUACUGCAGAAGCUCAGGAAACGACAUUGUUCGUGCAUAUGCAAAGGAUCACUAUUUCGACGUGGUUACUAAUGUAGUGGGAUUGAUAGCAGCUGUACUUGGUGAUAAGUUGUACUGGUGGAUUGAUCCUGUUGGUGCUCUCAUCCUUGCUAUUUACACAAUCACAAAUUGGUCAGGCGCUGUGAUAGAGAAUGCAGUGUCACUAGUGGGACAGUCAGCCCCUCCUGAAGUUCUGCAGAAGUUAACGUAUCUUGUUAUGAGACACCCUCAAGUGAAGCGUGUUGAUACAGUUCGAGCAUACACCUUUGGUGUUUUGUACUUUGUUGAGGUUGAUAUUGAACUCCCAGAAGAUUUGCCAUUGAAAGAAGCACAUGUUAUCGGAGAGGGUCUACAAAUAAAGCUGGAGAAACUUCCUCAAGUUGAACGUGCAUUUGUUCAUAUUGAUUUUGAAUGUGAACACAAGCCAGAGCACUCUGUCCCCAGCAGGAUUCCUAACAGUGAACCUUAAAGUGUGUUUUCCAUCAUACCAGAGAGAUUACUUUUAUUGGGACCUCAACAAAUACUUGUUGAAUAAUUUUGUGUAUCAAACAUUUCUCCUACAAGGGGAGCCAACGGUAGUUUGAGCAAUGAAAUCUAUCAUCAUUUUGAUUUUAUUUUAUACACCCGCUCCCCUUUUCUUUCUCACCCAUUUCUCCAGCCUUCACACCAUACGACACAGUAAUGAUUGAACAUCUUAAAUAUCUUUUCUAGCUGUAAAAUUUCUCACUUUCAUUGUGGGAUCAAACUGACCGUCUGUUUUGGGUUAUGAAUAAAGCCACUACACCAAGCUCUCGUUUCUCCAUCCAUUUCCUAAAAAUAAUGGAGAAAAAACUAACACCGAACACAACAGAUAUAAAAGAUUCAUAGAUUUGUAAUUUUGUGCUGUUAAUUGUAUGUACACAAGAGACGAGAAAGUUUGCCACUAUCCAAACAAGCUAAAAGAAGCAAGUGCCACCAUAAUUAAGAUUUCCUCACUUUUUACAAUUG